GCGUGAGCGCGAGUCGGAGCCACAGCGCCGGGAGCUGCAGGCGGAGCAGGGGCCGCCCCUUGGCACCCCGUCCCCGCCCCGGGCCCACCGCCCAGUAUACCUUUCCGCCGACUCGCGGGGCCCCUCGUCUGUCCCGCCGUCUGUCUGGCGCGAGGGGAGCAGGACAGAGGCAGCAGGAGACGCCCCGCCAGAGGGCUUCUCUGUGUGACCGAUUGCGGUAGAAGUUGUGGACCUGGUGAAAGGCACCCGGGCCUCGGAGUCCACAGCUAGCACCCAGGGACCGACAUUGCCAUCUAGUGGUGUGCACAGCCCAGGGCGACCGCUGCUGGCCUUUCCAGAUCCCUGUUAGACCAGAUUCCAGAAAAAUGUGCCAGAGGGUGCUGCUGUCAGAAUGUCGAAAGGGAAUCAGAAGGGUCAGGGAAGACAGCUGGGACUGAGUUAAGAAAACUGAACUUCACCUCCUGUCUGCAGCUGGCAGGGCCCCAGGAGGACUAAGCCACCCACCAUUCAUCUGGUCACUUGUCAAGGAUGUGCCCUGCCUCACUGAGGACAAAAGGUCAACCUGUCCAGGAAACCCAAGUGAGGGAGCUGCCUGGAAUGUAAGGGUUCCUUAUCUAAGGUUCACCUGCCCCUCCCCACCUGUAUUGAAGUUCAGAAUGGCGAACUUCACACCGGUCAAUGGCAGCUCAGCCAACCAGUCUGUGCGCCUGCUCAUAUCAACCCCCAGCCACCUUGAGACAGUGGAGAUGGUAUUCAUUGCCACAGUGACAGGCUCACUGAGCCUGGUGACUGUUGUGGGCAACAUCCUGGUGAUGCUGUCCAUCAAGGUCAAUAGGCAGUUGCAGACGGUCAACAACUACUUCCUAUUCAGCCUGGCAUGUGCUGAUCUCAUCAUAGGUGCAUUCUCCAUGAACCUCUACACCUUGUACAUCAUCAAGGGCUACUGGCCCCUGGGUGCCGUGGUCUGUGACCUGUGGCUGGCCCUGGACUAUGUGGUGAGCAAUGCCUCCGUCAUGAACCUUCUUAUCAUCAGCUUUGACCGCUACUUCUGCGUCACCAAGCCUCUUACCUACCCCGCCCGCCGCACCACCAAGAUGGCAGGCCUCAUGAUUGCAGCUGCCUGGGUCCUGUCUUUUGUGCUCUGGGCACCUGCCAUCUUGUUCUGGCAGUUUGUAGUGGGUAAGAGGACAGUGCCUGAUAACCAGUGCUUCAUCCAGUUCCUGUCGAACCCAGCAGUGACCUUUGGUACAGCCAUUGCUGCCUUCUACCUGCCUGUGGUUAUUAUGACAGUGCUGUAUAUUCACAUCUCACUGGCCAGCCGCAGCCGAGUCCACAAGCAUCGACCUGAGGGCCCCAAGGAGAAGAAGGCAAAAACUCUGGCUUUCCUUAAGAGCCCCCUGAUGAAGCAGAGCAUCAAGAAAGCUCCACCUGGAGGAGCUUCUCGGGAGGAACUACAUAAUGGGAAGCUAGAGGAGGCCCCUCCACCAGCCCUGCCCCCGCCACCACGCCCAGUGCCAGACAAGGACACCUCCAAUGAGUCCAGUUCUGGUAGUGCCACCCAGAACACCAAGGAACGACCGCCUACAGAGCUGUCCACCACAGAGGCUACGACUCCUGCCCUGUCUGCCCCUACCCUGCAGCCACGGACCCUCAACCCAGCCUCCAAAUGGUCCAAGAUUCAGAUUGUAACAAAGCAGACGGGCAGUGAAUGUGUGACAGCCAUUGAGAUUGUGCCUGCCACACCAGCUGGCAUGCGUCCAGCGGCCAAUGUGGCACGGAAGUUCGCCAGCAUUGCUCGCAACCAGGUGCGCAAGAAGAGGCAAAUGGCAGCCCGGGAGCGCAAAGUGACGCGGACCAUCUUUGCCAUCCUGCUGGCCUUCAUCCUCACCUGGACACCCUACAAUGUCAUGGUCCUGGUGAACACCUUCUGCCAGAGCUGCAUCCCCGAGAGAGUGUGGUCCAUCGGCUACUGGCUCUGCUACGUCAACAGUACCAUCAACCCUGCCUGCUAUGCGCUCUGCAAUGCCACUUUCAAAAAGACCUUCCGGCACCUGCUGUUAUGCCAAUAUCGGAACAUCGGCACGGCCAGGUAGGCAGGCAGGUGCCCUAGGAGGUGCUGGUGUCAUGAGUGUGUGCCGGGGACCACAUGGCUCACUGGCUGUGAAGAGAGUAGGUGGCCCCAUUCCGUGUUUGCAUCUGCUGAAGAGAGCAGGUCUCCUAGACACUGUGAGGCCCAAGAAGAGGCUCUGCUGGGUUUGGAGACCAGAUCUCUGCUCACACCCAAAAGGUUCAGCCCAGGGAGUGUCUGCACUAGGACCACCUGGCCCACAUGUUACCCUGCCUCAGGAAGCUGGGGGACACUGGCUGAAACGAUAUUACUGUCAAGACCAACCAUCAGCAGAUCUAGAAUGGAGGACAGGGGCCAGGAGCAUCUUGGGAGGAGCAAAGGAGCCAGGCUUGGAAGGGUGGGAUCCCCCAUUCUGCUGUAAUUGGUGCUUUCUGCCUCCCUUUACCCCGCAUGUAGGCUCAGCCCCUACCCCCAAAUCCCACUCCAGGGGCAGAAAUUUCCCUGGCACUGCUGCUCAGUCAGGCUCUGGGUAGGGAGCCAGCUGGAGUACUCAGGCACCUCCCUCCCUUCCCUGGCAAGCAAUCACAUCAGGAUGGGGCAGCUGGGAGGUCGCACUCCGGAACUUGCUGGCAACCCAGGCUGAGUCAAAUAGUACCGGGUCUUAUUGUCAAGAACUCUCCCCCGACUCCAUAUCACACAAGUGGAAGGGCCGUGUUCCCUUCCACCUUUGAGGGAGAAUGGGCUCACGGGAAACAGAAAGGCAUGGGCAGGCUGCGAAUGGACACUUGGUGACCCACAGGUUUCAGUGAUAGUGGUAGGUGAAGCAGGCAAGGUCCCUAGAACCUUUCCACUUGGCAGUGGGCUAGACCAAAAGACCUUUGACUGGAUGAGGCUGAGUUCCCUUCUCUAACCCUAGCCAGCCCUGUCUGUGUGGUCCCUGGGAGAAAUGAGAGCUUGAGAGGCAGGUCCUGGAAGACAUUUUCAUCAAUGUUCUGCUUUCUCCAUGAGCUUUGGGGAGCACAAGUCCUCAAAUCCCUUAUUAUCCACCAGUCCAUGCAGUCCAUCUUUCCCCAACCCCCGACCCCAAACAAAGCUCCACAGCAAACUCCCCAGGAAGGGGCUUUUAUAUAUUAAAAAGAAGCUUUUAUUGGGAAAAAAAAGUCAGUUUGUUUUUUAAUUUUUAGUAACAGGUAUCAGAGUGGGGAAGAACACAAGAGAACACUGGGAAUUAAAUCCUUUGGGAGGAGGCGCAAGCUUCCCAGAAUCUCCUGUCCCUCCCCACUUUGGGCACUUGGUGUGUUUUGGGGGGGGGAGAGGGCAGAGGCAGGGCAUGAUUGAUAAAGCUAA